AUGAAUUCCCCAAAACGAGUGCUGUCGACGAUCCUUGUAUGGAUGCUUGUCUACUAUUUGCUAGCCAGAAGGUUCCAUGGGAUAUUUGAGCUCGACGAAAUCGACCAGAAGCUCAUGUAUUAUUCAGAAUCGUCCUUUUACCUUUCGUACUACUACGAUAUUGUGGAAUCUGAAACUUGGAAGGAUGCUCUAUCCAAAAUGCUACAUGACAACUACACGGAACAUCCAAAAACAAUCAUCACAUUUAGACGCAUAAAUAUUGUGCAAGGACUCUUUAUACACUCGUUUGGAAUUGCUAUUUUGUUUGCCAUUACGGCAGAUUUUAACGAUUCAAUGACGUCGGGAAUUCACUUCCUGGGACUCUUUAUAUCAAAUUUUCAGCAUAAACUAAUCUCUAGGAUUUCAGCACUCCCACUGCGCGAAAAUUUUGCUACUCCAUCAAUUUGGUGUAGUAUUUUAGCCAUAAAGGGAAUAUUAAGCCUCAAUAACGAAAGGAAAUGGUGUUAUAUCCUAUUUUUGUCACACAUUUGGUCACUACUUUCAUGGCAGUUUUCUAUCCAUGUUAUUUCCACCCAGAUCGCAUGUAUUUUUGCCCUAAACAUACUUGGGCUAAUAUCAAACAGUUUAUUUCGGCAUAUCUUGAAUAUAAAAUCGCUGGCAUUAUUUGUAUCCACCGCUCUCAUGUUAUUCCCACUCUACAAUUUGACAUCUCUUCUCACAAAUGUCAUAUGUUCAAUACACAUUUCAUUGUGGGUUGUUAAUGACGAAGGAAUAGAGGCUGACAAUUUUCAUUCAAGAGUACAAAAGGGGGUUUUGACAGUCAUUGUUUUCGUGUUUAACCAUUUCCUCAUCAACAGAAUAUCACGUCCAGAUGGCCAUAUAUUUGAUAUGCUUUUCGUGAAACUAGGACUAUCUAAGGAAACUUUUGAUUCAUUAAUUUACUCUCUUGGUGUUGAAUUUAGAAUGCUUGCAGGAUUUAUGUUUGAAAUGAUAAAGAGCACAAACAUAUUUUAUUACCUAAUUCCAUCGAUUGUCACAGUACUUUUUUGCAUUAUAAAGGUUGUAUAUCUCAAAUCAUAA